CAACUUGGUUAUAAAUCAGCUACACUGAAAAAGGUGCCAGAAACCUUCGUGGAGAACCACUCCUUUUCUAAGAGCAAAAUCUAAUCUUAUCGUCUCAAAUGGUCUCAACCAUCCCGCAGUGCAAUCUUAUCAGCCGGGCGAGGUGACGGAGGUAGGUGACAGGUCUGCGGUCUGCUGAACAAAAUCUUCGAGUUGUUUUUGUUGUUUGGUGAAAUGGCAUCUAGCUUCGUCAGGUAACAAAGUCAUCGUGGAAAAGGACGAAAUGUGGUGUCUAUUACCUCUUGAGAGCGUGGUACUUUAACACUGUUUCCGACUGACAGCAUUGGAUGCCCGUUGUGGUUUGGAGUGAAACUGUUUUUUGUGUUAGCUAACUGAACCUCUGAAACACCUGUAGGAGUUAUCAAGGCAUCAAAUCAUGGAGAGCUCGGAUUUCUUCGGAGAGGAGAGUGAUGAUGAGAUUGGGAGUGAAAGAUACACAUCUGAGGAAGAUAAAAGACAAAACCAUAGUGAAAUUGAAAAGAGGCGUCGAGAGAAAAUGAAUGCUUACAUUCAAGAACUGUGCGGUAUGGUGCCUACAUGUAACUCUAUGAAGUCUAAAUUAGACAAGCUAACAAUCCUGCGAAUGGCUGUACAGCAUGUCAAAUCACUACGAGUAGGAACUGUGAGCUCCAUUAAUGAAACAAACUUCAAACCAGCCUUCCUGGCCGAGGACGAGCUGAAAAGACUUAUUUUGGAGGCUGCAGAAGGAUUCCUGUUUGUUGUUAGCUGCGAUCGAGGUCGGAUGAACUACGUCUCAGAGUCAGUGUCUCAUGUUCUGAACAUAAGCAGGGAACAUCUGAUUGGCCAAAGCCUGUUUGACAUCAUGCAUCCAAAAGACAUGUCAAAGGUCAAAGAGCAACUAUCAUCCUCUGGUCUCAUUCCCAGGGAGCGAUUCAUCGAUGCAAAAACUGGUCUGCCGCUCAAGACUGAAGUGAUCACGUCUCCUCCUCGGCUUCUCUCCGGUGCGCGAAGGUCCUUCUUCUGUAGGAUGAAGAUUUUCAAUCAAGUGUUGAUGGCCAAGAUGGAAGAAGACCAGAUGUCAUCCAAGAAGCAGUUAAAGCAAGGCUCAGAUCGGAAGAAUUACAUCACCAUACACUGCACAGGGUACCUAAAGAGCUGGCCCCUGGCAAACUUUGGCAGCGGGAUGGAGAAUGAGAAUGAGAACGAUGGAUGUAACUUGAGCUGCCUCGUCGCUAUUGCAAGGCCUAUUCAAAUGCCACAGCCGUCGCGUAACGAAAGUGAUCUGGCACAGCCUGCUGAGUUUGUAUCCAGACAUGCCAUCGAUGGAAAGUAUACAUUCGUGGAUCAGAGAGCCACCGCAGUGUUGGGAUACUUGCCCCAGGAGCUUCUGGGGACCUCAUGCUAUGAAUAUUUCCACUCGGACGAUAUUCAUCAAAUGGCGGAAAGUCAUAAAGCAGUCUUAAUAGGAAAGGAGAAGAUUUUGACCAAUGCGUAUCGCCUGAGAGCUAAGAAUGGCGUCUUUGUUCAACUGAGGACGAAAAUGUUCUGUUUCCGCAAUCCGUGGACGAAAGAUGUCGAGUAUAUCGUCUGCACAAACACACUCAUCAAUUCGGAUGCCAAAGAAGAAGCCGAUGAUGCAGGGAACAAAGGCUCUCUGGUUGAAAACAUGGUGUGUGAUGUGGCAGGCUCAUCAUCCAAGGGACCGUCUAUUCCCGGAGUACCAGUCAACACUCAUGUUGGUGCAGGUCGAAUCGGACGGAUGAUUGCAGAAGAAAUCCUUGAAAAUGAGAAGAAUGACUCUAUGUAUGGGAUGAACAGUCCUAGCGAUGUCAUGUUGAAUGGAUCUCGAUCAACACCACAGACAGAAAGGACAAUUGAAGCAGCUUCAGUACCUCAAACGGAGAAGGUUAGUUACUUUGGAUCAUCCCCCUCCCCAAGCCAGGUCAUGACGUCGACUGCAUCAAAGGGACCCCCAGAAAACCCUGUCCUAGGUCAAAUGUCAUCACUCAUCUCCAUGACGACCAACAGCACAACCCACAGUGUACCCUCGGCCAACGGCAAUGCGGAUGGGGGAGGAGGAGGUGGGUCUACCCCAGGAGCCCCGCCCGGUGGGGACGACGAGGCCAUGAUGGCCUUGAUUAUGAGUCUUCUUCAGGCAGAUGCUGGGCUGGGUGGAACGGUCGACUUAACGGACUUGCCCUGGCCGUUAUGAGGCAGGUGUUGGGCUGGGUGGGUCGGUCGACUUAACGGACUUGCCCUGGCCGUUAUGAGGCAGGUGUUACGAAGUUAACCACUU